UGUUUAAGCAGAAUAUCAUUAUAAAUUUUUAAAUCAUGACGACAAACCCGCGGAAGGGCACCGAUCCGGUGCCAAUGGAAGAAAGCGACCAGCUGACGAUAAGGCCCCUUGGUGCUGGUCAGGAAGUCGGCAGAUCUUGCAUCAUGCUGGAGUUCAAAGGAAAGAAAAUUAUGUUGGACUGUGGCAUCCACCCGGGGCUGUCAGGCAUGGAUGCUCUGCCCUUUGUGGAUCUCAUAGAAGCUGAUGAGGUGGACCUACUACUAAUAUCACAUUUCCACUUGGACCACAGUGGAGCCCUGCCUUGGUUCCUCACGAAGACUUCAUUCAAAGGGCGAGUGUUCAUGACUCAUGCCACCAAAGCCAUUUACAGGUGGCUUGUAUCAGAUUAUAUUAAAGUGAGCAACAUAUCAACAGAACAGAUGCUGUACACGGAGUCAGACCUGGAGGGCUCCAUGGACCGCAUUGAGACCAUCAACUUCCACGAGGAGAAGGAUGUGCGAGGAGUCAGGUUCUGGGCAUACAAUGCUGGUCAUGUGCUCGGAGCUGCCAUGUUUAUGAUUGAAAUUGCUGGGGUUAAGAUAUUGUACACAGGGGAUUUUUCGCGACAAGAAGACAGACAUUUGAUGGCGGCCGAAAUACCCACAGUUCAUCCUGAUGUACUCAUAACAGAGUCAACGUACGGCACCCACAUACACGAGAAGCGAGAGGAGCGCGAGAGUCGGUUCACGGGGCUGGUGAGUGAGAUCGUGCAGCGCGGCGGACGCUGCCUCAUACCCGUGUUCGCGCUGGGCCGGGCACAGGAACUGCUGCUUAUAUUAGACGAGUACUGGUCCCUGCACCCGGAGCUACAGGACAUCCCCAUCUACUACGCGUCGUCGCUGGCCAAGAAGUGCAUGGCGGUGUACCAGACGUACGUCAACGCCAUGAACGACCGCAUCCGCCGCCAGAUCGCCAUCAACAACCCAUUCGUCUUCCGACAUAUCUCUAACUUGAAGGGUAUAGACCACUUCGAAGACAUAGGUCCGUGCGUGAUCAUGGCGUCUCCGGGUAUGAUGCAGUCCGGACUGUCGCGGGAACUCUUCGAGUCCUGGUGCACGGACCCCAAGAACGGUGUUAUUAUUGCUGGUUAUUGCGUAGAAGGUACUCUCGCGAAGACGAUCCUCUCAGAACCCGAAGAGAUCACAUCCAUGUCAGGUCAGAAGCUACCGCUCAAGAUGUCGGUGGACUACAUCUCGUUCUCGGCUCACACGGACUACCAGCAGACUUCAGAGUUCAUCAAUAUAUUGAAGCCGCCACAUGUCGUGCUAGUCCACGGGGAACAGAACGAGAUGUCUCGCCUGAAGGCCGCCCUGCAGCGCGAGCACCGCGGGCGCCUGCACAUACACACGCCGCGCAACACGCAGCAACUAGCACUCACCUUCCGCGGAGACAAGACUGCUAAGGUGAUGGGAUCAUUGGCUAUGGAGGUCCCGGAGCCGGGCAGUCAGCUGCAAGGCAUCCUGGUCAAGAGGAACUUCAACUACCACAUUCUUGCACCUUCAGAUCUUAAUAAGUACACGGAGCUAUCUCAGUCGGAGGUGACGCAGCGUCAGUCGGUGCAGUACGGCGGCUCGCUGGGGCUGCUGCGCCACGUGGUCAUGCAGCUCGCGGGGCACAUCGACUUCCUCAGCGAGCAUCGCUGGCGUCUCUACUCCUGCGUCGAUCUCGUAGUCGACAACAAUAUGAUUACUUUAGAGUGGGUGGCGCAGCCGGUGUCGGACAUGUACGCGGACGCGCUGGUGGCGGCGAUCCUGUCGGCCUCCUCGCUCGCCGCUCCCCGCCAUCUGCCGCUCGCGCCCAAGCUCGACCGCAUGCACUUCAAGGAGUGCGUGAUCGAGAUGCUGCAGGAGAUGUUCGGCGACGACGCGGUGCCCAAGAUGUUCAAGGGAGACAAGCUACACGUCACCGUCGACGACAAGCGGGCUGACAUCGAUCUGCUCAAUAUGGAGGUGCGAUGUCCUGCGGACGAGACGCUGGAGCGCGUGGUGCAGUCGGCCGUCGGCAAGCUGUACGCCGCGCUCGCGCCGCUCAGGCCGCCGCCGCCGCCCGUGGCGCUGCUGCAGGACCACUGACCUCAUACCGUACUUUAAACUAGUACGUAUAAGGUUCAAAAUACAACUGUACUGAGUUCGUCGUCACAGGGCCGUCACCGAUAACGAGAUAAUGGCGCAGAUUUAGUGAUACAUACAUUUGCUAUGGCCGUGUGUCUAUAUGUAUGUCAUGUGUGUGGUGGACUAAGGCCCAUUAUCACCGAAAACAAAACGUCCACGUUUUCUUAAAACAACGGUUUACUUUGAAAAUUGAACAUGAAAUUCAUAGUCAACAAUUAUUUUAUGAAAAAUUACGUUUGUUUUGUGUGUACUUGGACCUAAAGGAAGUCAUUAUCAUGACUUAUUUAGGUGUGGCAUAAUUAAAUUAUACUUGUUGCAUUUUAAACUUUAUAGUAAGAGAUUUAAGGUUUAUAAUACGAUGAAUUAUAAAGUGGGUGUUAAACGUAAGAAAUAAAGAACUUUGUGGACAAUUUAGCAGAGUUUUACUCGACAUGAUAAUCAGUGGAACUGUUGUAGUUAUUUAUGACGAAAUCAUAUGAAUAGUAUUCUGUGCUGUGUCAUUCCAGUCUCAAAAACUUUAUUUUCACCCAACCCAAUGUAUGAAUGUGAUAAAUGUCUAUAAAUGUGAGUGAUGUAUGUAUCGAUAAACAAGUAUUAUGCUGUGAAUGAUUGUUUUAAAGAAUAAAGACUUUAUAAAGUACA